AUUCCUGAUACUGCCACAUGAUACCUUCUUGGAAAGAAAAAGGACACCUGGCAAAAGCUACAUUUAAGUGGAUUAUCUAUUUAAAGCUUUACUGACGACUUGUAAAGAAGGCCUGUGGACAGAAGUUGAGGAGCAUACUUUCUUGAGUGUGUGUGAAUCGUACAGCAAUUGAAAACUUCCUUAAAAUAAUUGAACUGAUGACGUCAAACGCAAAAUAGGAAGCUCCAUCAUAAGACAGGUUUUUUCUUGAAGAAGACUCCUGAUUCCAGUGAAAAUUUUAAUUUGCUUUGUUAAGAUGCGAACCCUACCGUUUCUGACUAAGGAAGGCUCACAUUAGAAAGUAGGGCACUUUUGCCUGAGAUUUCGGGCAUUUAUUCGAAAAUUUUAGGUGUGCAGUGUUGAAGACACAAAAGUGUGCGAGAGGUCCAUUCUGUUCGAGACACUAAUUUGUACCACUUUAGGUAGCGACUUGUAUUACACCCUCUCCUUUUCAGAUAGGCCUUUGAAGUUCACAAUUUCAUCUUUUAAAGUACCGUGCAGACUUUACCUAAAUAACUCCACUUGGCAAUGAUUUUCAUUCCACAUUUUUUGCCACUGUUAUGCCAUGUGAUUUAUGUCACUGUUGCGUUGCCUCUGUCCGGGCAUGUCCGGUGGUACAAUGACCUGAAGGCAGAAUAACGAAACCUUCGAUUUGCCUUGCUGAGUGCACUGACCUGCUGUCCCCGACACUGAAUCAAUAUAAAUAACAUUAAAACUAAAGUAAAUCGGAAUUUGAUGUUGAAAAGACACAAGAAGCAGAGCGCAAUCGAUAAAUUUGAAGGCAGAGGGCCAAUGAUGGUAAGGACAGGAAUUGGAAACAAGACUAACUAAAGAGAAGAUAUCGGCGUUGUAUGUAGAGAAUUUUUUCGUAAAUAAAGCAGUUAUCAUAUACAGUCAUGAAUAUCAGGCAGAAGUUACAAGUUUUUCUUGCUUGUGUGAUCAUUAUGGAGGCAAUCCACACCGUAUAUUGUGCAAAAGACAAAGAGAGGAAAAAGAGAAAAAGAUGUCCGAGAGUGUGUCUGAGAGAAACAUCGCGAGAAAACGAAAAGCUGAGGAAUGAGCUUGAAAAAUUAAAGAGAAGGCUUGACAACUUUCCAAGUCCUGUUCCUGGUCCGCGUGGCCCCCCUGGAUUGAAGGGAGAUUCUGGUAGCAUAGGGCCACCUGGGUUUCCUGGUCCUAAGGGUGAGCAAGGCUUGCCAGGGUCCAUAAAGAACCGUGCUACCUUUGAGCUUCCAAAUUGUGCAAGUGACGAAUUUCUAACAUCGAAUGGACGGAGUUUGUUUUGCGUGAAACUUGAUCUUACAAGCGUCAGAGUGAAGGGAGAAACAGAUAAAAGACAACUACAUCCACAAAUAGUUACAAACCCCACCGUGUCCCCAGAUAUGAAAGAGAAAAUGACAGUUUUUGAACGAAAAAGUAUGAUCCAAAGCAUAGAAGGAGAUACUUGGGAUGUCGGUGUCAUUCAACACAAUGAUAACUAUUAUUUCUUAGCCUCGAACCUUGGCCACAAUUUCACCAUUUACAAAUGGCUUAGCUCAAGCUUUUUUUACACGGAGACCUUCGCGGUAAAGUUUGCUAGAAACUGGAAAACGUUCACGAUCGACGGGAAGCUUUAUCUCGCAGUUGCAAGCAAUGGCGAUUCCUUUUCCCCUAUUUACAGUUUUCAAGAGCUAGAGAAGGAGAAAGUCAUUGAAUAUCAACGAAUUCCAGUAACAAAAGUUUUUGCAGUUGAACCAGUGAAAAUCGGCAAGGAGCUUUUCUUGGUGUUUGUAUCGAUACAUGGCCCAUCAUCAUCUGUUUAUCGAUGGAGCAGUUCGCAAAAGAUUUUUGUCAAGCAUCAAGUUAUCAAUGAAUUUGGAACUGGUAUAGAAUCAUUCAGAAUAGGGGAACGUUAUUUUCUCGCAUUCACAGGUAUGGAACAUGGCCAUUAUCUCAACCUGCAUGAAUACACAGAUGCUGGUAUCUUUCAAGAAUACACUUCAAUUCGAGAAGCGCGCAAUGGUUACGCCCUGCAUUAUAUGAAUAUUGAUAAUGAGCAUUUCCUGGCGGUUGCCAAGUUCAGUACCAACCCAUCGAUGAUUCUUCGUUGGGAUGGAAAAACCUUUAGAAGACAUCAGGUUUUCACAACUCCAUGGGUACGCAAUUUUGCAAGCAUUACUAGCUCCUUGAUGGGGAGGCAAGGAGAAGAAACAUACUUAGCCAUUGCCCACACCCAGGCAAACCCGGCAAUACAUUUCUAUGAUAAGAAGUCUCGGCUGUUUGUGAAGCUUCAGGAAAUGCAAUCUAGGAGAACACGUGAUGUUGACUUUUUUAAAAUGGGAGGACACGUCUAUCUAGUCGUUUCUACUGCACAGAACUCGAACAUUUACAGAGGAAUAAUCAACAGGGAUUCUUAAAGUUUUAAGACUGGGACAUCGCUAAUGGUCGUUAGAUUUUCGUUUUAUGAUAUACAAGUUUGGAACAGUGAAAGUUACUUGGAUAUUCGAGAAAAAUAAUUUUGCUGUUAUGAAGUAAUGGCAUAGCUAAACGUCAUGACUAGCAUAACGGUUUGUUGCUCUUGGAAUUUUCCAAAUAGCAAUCACAUUUAAGGAUAGAGAUGUAUGAAAGAUUUUGCAUCUCAUUUGCUGUAGGCACAUUUGACAGGUGAACUGAGGUAUUUCUUCAUUUGAUUGUUUUGAAGGGUUGUAUUCUCUGGUAAUCAAUCAAGAACUAUAUUUGGUGCGAUUUCUUCCUGUAUGUUGUAGUGUCGUAUUCGAAGUGUAAAACGGCAUGACAUAUAAAGCUAAUGUCAGUAACUUUAUAUUAAGAACUCUAUAGUCCGUCAGCCCACAAUCGAAACAACGAAAUGUUGGAUCGUUUAAACGGGGCUUAAAAGAACACUUUCAACUAGACACUCUCUAAAGAUUAGACACACCGAUGCCACCUAAUAGGCCCAUGUCACAGUUCUUGCUAAGUACACACAGUAUAUGGUAUGUAAUGCAAUAUAUAACAUGUUGGUCAGAAGUCUGCCGUGAUGCCUUUGGACAUUAAAGGCCUUUGAAAUGCAUUUACCAGCAUUUCUCACUAGGUAUUUCUCAACAAAAGCUGUAUCUUCUUAAAUGAGCUGUUUUGAAUGUUCAAAGGUUUCUUAGAUGUUACGCUCCACAUAGUUGUCAUUCAAGUUGGGAAGUGGAAGGGGCAAGGGUAAAUUGAAGAAUCUUAGCAAAAAAUGUUGCCAAGAGCUCUUUUGCUUUGCAACAAAAUUGGGGUCAUGGUUCGACUGCCUGACCUUGCCUGUUCCCUCCUCCACCUUCGGGCCCUGCUCCAACCCAACCCCAACUGUAUUCAACACAAGACUUGGGCCUAAUGGCAAAAAUGGAAUUUCAUAGUAGUUCACAUUUCAUCGUUGAGAGGAACCUAGAAGAAACCAUUUGUAAGUUGAAAAGUGAUCAGGUAGCUGUCAGAGUUUUAUGUCUUAUGGUUUUGGUGCACAUUGUCACCUUGGUCCUUUUAGAAAUAGAUUUUUAGAGCAAUGCUAUCACGUAUUCUGAGAUUGACUUUUAUAGAUUAAUUAUAUUUACGUAAUACCAUGAUUUUAUACAUUGGUUUCAGUGUAGCAAGGACAUUUGGUAGUUUGUUAUUGUCUAAAAUAGUUUGAAAGUAAGUGCAACACGAGUCAGAAAUAACUGAUAACGUACGCUUAAGUUUUAAGGUUAGAAAAUAGAUGUAUGCCUUUAAGCAGAUUUAUAAAGGUUAAAAGCUUAUUUGUGUUUUCGUAUUGUGUCAUAAAUUUCAUUAUCCUCUGUGAACACUAAACUGCAAAACCCAUCUCCAUUCAUACAGUCUUUCUGUAAUGCAGUUCCACUAUCAUACCAAUUUAUCUGUUGCCUAAAGAGUUAACCCAAACUAAAUGCCAAGUUCAUUUUUAUGUUUUUUAAUAUCUUGCUUAUGUCUAGGCUUUAAUGUUUAUACAGAGGGACACAGUAGAAAGUCCAAAGGAUAAGGGAGGGAUUUCCUUACACAUAGGUCAGAAAUUCAUAAUAAUUUCGUAAUUUCUCACUGUGACAUGUACAUUAUUGUGAAAUUAUUUUGUUUGUAGUUGAGGCGAAAAGAUUUAGAAAGGUUAUACAAAUAGGAAUAACUGGUAUUUAGCAAUUUUUUGUUUUGCUUUAUGUCAUAAUUUAGUGAGAAGAUAGAAAUGCAUUAUAUUCUUUUCAGGUAUACGUACAUCAAAUUGUGUUUGUUUCAGUAUGUUUUCCUAGGCUCUCGUCAUCGUGUUGUUUUUAAUCAUGUAACUGUAAUAUUUUACUUUUAAAAAAAUGUUUGAUUUUCAA